AUGCUGGACCACGCCGGCGGCAAUGAUAAGCUGGCCUCGCACGAGGCCGGGCUGGCCGUGCUGGGCGGCGACGACAGGAUCGGCGCCCUCACUCGCCGCGUCGGUCACGGAGACAAACUCACCGUCGGCAGUCUCAAGAUCGAGUGCCUGUUCACGCCGUGCCACACCAGCGGCCAUAUCUGCUUCUUCGUCAAGGGCGACGACGGACAGCCUCCUGCCGUCUUCACAGGGGACACGCUGUUCCAGGGGGGUUGCGGUCGCUUUUUCGAGGGCACCGCCGACCAGAUGUACGCGGCUCUGGUGGAGACGCUCGGCAGCCUGCCCGGAGAGACGCAAGUGUUCUGCGGUCAUGAGUACACCCUGCAGAACCUGAAGUUCGCGCAACACGUGGAGCCUAAUAACGAGGACAUCAAAAGCCGAGUGGACUGGGCGCGAUCCCAGCGGGAGAAGGAAGAACCCACAGUGCCGUCCACGAUCGCGCUGGAGAAGCUGAUCAACCCGUUCUGUCGUGUGCACGAGGCGUCGGUGCAGGCACACGCCGGCACCUCGGAGCCUGUGCCGACCAUGGCCGCGCUGCGCCGCGAGAAGGACGACUUCAAGCCCAAGAAGUGAGUCCGACGGCUCUGCUCGGGCGGCGCUCAGACCGGGGGCGCCGCGCGACUCGCUGCCAGCUGACGGCGGCUGCAAGCAGUUGGAGA